AUGAUUCGCGGCGCGCGGUUCGUGGCGCUGUUCAACCAGAAGCAGCCUUCGUAUUUUAUGAGCGCCAUCGUCUCGCUGUACGCAUGCCUAAACGGGUACUUGGACGACGUGAAGGUGCAUUACGUCAAGUUCUACGAGUACCUGUUGGUGCACAAGGACCUGAGCAUCAUGUACGGCGCGGCGAAGAACAAGUUCUUCUACAUGUAUGUGCAGGAGCUGAACUAUCUGAUCCGCUUCUUCACGCUGAACAAUCCCAUCCUGAAUGGCGAGCUUGAGGAGAUGCUGAAGCAGCACACACAACUGUUUCUGCAGCACUACCAGUCAAAGAUGAACGCCAUUAAGAGUGAAAAGGAGGUGAAGGCGCUGAAGAACCUGCUGUACUCCUGCAAGCGUGCUGUGUAG